CCUUGAGGGUACUGGAGGAGUGACUUCAGGGUCCAGGUCUCCCCUGCAACCCCAUCUUUUCCCCCGUAUCUUUCUCUAUCUGGAGUGAAGUCUGGUGGAUCCCGGAAGAGAGACGGUGGCCCUAAAUUUAGGAGGGUGGGGGGAUGGGAGGAAUGUCUGAUCUUUGCGUGGGGAGCCUCUAGGGCAUCCGUGAGGAGACGGGGCCCCUAGGGCGUCUGUGAGAGGACGGGGCGGGGAGCUGCCGGCUCCCCAAGGUCAGAAAGAAGGGUUGGGCUUAAUUCUGCAGCCGGGCCUAAGGAUUAGGUGAGACCGAAGAACUGGUGCCCUGGACGGUUGUGAACACGGAAGGGCAGAUGACCCAAGUGGCUUUGGGGAGUCUCGCUCUGGCUGGAGCAGCCUUUAGCACAGACAGGGUUCUAAACUGUCUGGAUGCGGAGCCGUUUGACUCCGAAGGCGGGAGGAAAAGGAGAAGGAAUGGCAAUGAAGAAGACCACCAUCUUCCCCCCCAGACCAAGAGGAGUAGCAGAAACCCCGUCUUUCAUGAUUCCUGGGACACAGAGACAGUACCUGUAAUGAAAAACAAGGAAAACAGACUAAGAGGAAACAAAGUUUUCUGCGCGUCUUCAAGCAGCGAUAGUGGUGGGAGCAGCAGCAGCAGCAGCAUCAACAGCCCGGACAGGGCCAGCGGCCCAGAGAGCAGCCGGAACCACGUGGCGGCCGGAUGCAGCCCGCACAGCCCGCCGCCCAUGCCCGAGCAGUCUGCACUGUGCCAAGGCCCUUAUUUCCACAUCAACCAGACCCUGAAGGAGGCCCACUUCCAUAGCCUACAGCACCGAGGACGGCCUCCCACAUGAUGGGCUGGAAGCUUCUUGCCUUCUGUGAAGGGACAGCGCUGUGCAGAUUGGAUAUUUCAUCUUACGAUGUUUUAAAAAAUUGCACAAAAAAAUGCCUGUUGGCUUUUCAGUCUAUAUUUGAAAUAACAGGUUAACAGGCAGUUGUUUACUUGUGGUUUUGCUGCACUAUUGCAAUUUCAAAGGGGCUUUGAAGCAAUUUUUAUAGGAUUCUUUUGAGGGUGGGUAUCAAAUCCAUGUCAAGGUAAUGGUAUGAGGAACUCUCUCAUCUGCGUGUUGAAUCCAUAGUUUGUCCAGUUCAGAUGAAUUUACAAAUCUGUCAAUUAGAAAUUCUACCUUAUGUAAAAAGGCCUUUUAAAAAUGCAGGAUCUUCAAUUUUUUAAAUUCAAUAAACUAGUAAAGAGUA